CAGGAAUUAGGCAGUGGCAGAGCCUUGAGGGGCAGAGGUGGAGCCAAGGAGAGAAAUGUCGAUUGUUGGAAAAAGUCCGUCAAGAAUUGCCUCCUUUCCAGAUGUGGCAAUAGCUGUGAAGUGAAUUGGUCCAGCUGUGGCACAGAACGAGCCAGGCUAGGGCAGGAGGUGGCAAAGUGCAGCGGUGUCUAACCAAGGCAGCAUCCUUUGGGUUUUGCUGAAGAUACGGGGAGGCACAUUUAUUUCUUGCUGGCGUGCCAGGGGGCACUUGGCCAGGCCUGGUCUCUUUGAGGAGCUGCUGAAUUAUUUUGCUGUUCUUCCCCUCAUUGACCCCCUUCCUCCCUGAUAGCAAUGCCUUAUCAAUUGACAAGUUACAGGGACCGGUGCUUAAACCCAGUAUAUGAGGUGUGGUCAGUCACCUGCUGUCACCCCUGAACGUUUCCUGUGCCCGUCUUCCUAUAAGUGCUGAAACUUCAUUGUGACGUGCAGAGGUCUGUGGCCUGCUGUGCCAGUAGCACGUACUGUAGGAUUUUUCAAUGGAGGUCAGGAGUGCAGGUAAAGCCCUGCAGCAUGCAUUUGCUCCCUGAAGUUAAGGUAAUUACAACAGAUGCUGAGGGAGGUGGUGUUAGGGGAUGUGGUACCAGUCAACCCACUGGUGCAGUUGGUGAUCUAGGGGCAUUUUUACACGUGCUGUGGGAGGCAUUAAUUAGGAAGCCAUGCUAAUGAAGUGCCUGAACAUUACAUGUAUCAGCAUCCCCCAUGUUGAAAAAUGGUGGCGGGGCACUUUGAACUCAAACUCAAUGAAUGAAUGAGCUUUUUUUUUUUUCAGUGCAGGGAUGCUGAUACAUGUGACGCUGGAGUUGGCGGGAGUGCGGUCAUUUCUGUGCUCCAGCAGACUCAAUUAAUUGAGUUUGCUCCAACACUCUGGAUUUCCAGGGCGUUGGAGCCGGCUCCCUGCACACGUAUAGGAGCCCGAAGUGCCGGAUGCACUGCAAAACUGUUGGGCUGUGUUUGAAACACAGCGCAAUGCCAGGCUCAAGUUUGAAUAUGACGGGGAGAAAAGGAUUAUCCAGUUUCCAAGACCAGUCAGAUUCAAAGAAGUGCUGCAGAAAGUCAUGGAUGCUUUUGGACAGAUGAUGGAUCUGCACUAUGCCAACAACGAGCUCCUGAUCCCGCUGAAAUCCCAGGAAGACUUGGACAGAGCGGUGGAACACUUGGACCUGAGCCCCUCUCUGAAAAGCUUGCGGAUCUUUGUGAAGGCGCCAAAGAAAACGAGCUUCCUACAGCCCAACAACAGUAAGCAGCAUGAAAUGAGAAUCUCCAAGUCCAUGGGAGACAUCAUGGGAUCUUUGUAUAAGGACGGCGAGAGGACGCGGAAGUAUUCAACAGGCUCCUUGCACACCGGCCGGAGCUCUCCGCCCCCAGGCAGCGUGCCCGAGGAGCAGCAGCAGAUCGCGCGGCAGGGGUCCUACACGAGCAUUAACAGCGAGGGGGAGUUCAUUCCAGAGAUCAUGGACCAGAACAUGCUUGAUGCUUUCUUGAGCCCCGACGAUUCGCUCUCUGGGAGCUGUCAGUCUCUGGACAGAUCUGUGGACAGCCCACCCUACACCCAAACUCCUGUUUCAAGAAGGAAGAGUCAGCCCAAAGACAGCCUUGACUGCCUGGAUUUUGAUAUUCCAUUUUGUGAAAGAUUUGGAAAAGGUGGCACUUUCCCUAGGCAAUACCACCUCUCCCAGAGCCGCAAGGACUACAGUGAUGGCCGAAGGACUUUCCCAAGGAGCUACGUCCCCCAGGAGACCCUGUUCCAGCUUGUCCCCUCCAGCAGGACAAAGAGCUUUAAUGGGGACAGCAAGCUGAGCACCUUACAGUACGAGGAGCACAGGACCAAGCGCUGGAACAACUGUGAAAAGGGUUUGCAGGUCUUCAACACGUCCCCCACGAAGUCCAGGAACUCCCUGCAGGCUCCUGUGAACUGGAGACUGGGGAAGCUCCUUGGCAGGGGUGCCUUCGGGGAGGUUUACCUCUGCUACGAUGCCGACACAGGCAGGGAGCUGUCGGUGAAGCAGGUGCCAUUUGAUCCGGACAGUCAAGAGACGAGCAAGGAGGUGAAUGCCUUGGAGUGUGAGAUCCAGCUGUUAAAGACCCUCCGCCACGAGAGAAUAGUCCAGUAUUACGGUUGUUUGCGUGACACAGAAGAAAGGAAAUUGUCCAUCUUCGUGGAAUACAUGCCAGGGGGUUCCAUAAAGGACCAGUUAAAAGCAUAUGGUGCCCUGACCGAAAACGUCACCCGGAAAUACACACGGCAGAUUCUGCAGGGAGUUUCCUACUUGCAUAGCAAUAUGAUUGUACAUAGGGAUAUUAAAGGUGCCAACAUCUUGAGAAAUUCUGCUGGGAAUGUUAAACUCGGAGACUUUGGGGCCAGCAAACGCAUUCAGACCAUCUGCAUGUCUGGAACAGGAAUCAAAUCCGUCACAGGAACUCCUUACUGGAUGAGCCCAGAGGUGAUCAGUGGAGAAGGCUAUGGGAGGAAAGCAGACGUGUGGAGCGUGGGCUGCACUGUGGUGGAGAUGCUAACAGAGAAGCCACCCUGGGCAGAAUUUGAAGCCAUGGCAGCCAUUUUCAAAAUUGCCACCCAGCCGACCAAGCCGCAGCUCCCAGACGGCGUCUCGGACUGCUGCCGUAACUUCCUCAAGCAGAUCUUUGUGGAGGAGAAGCGGCGGCCCACAGCGGAGGACCUGCUGAGGCACCCCUUUGUGAGCUGCAGCCUCUAGACCCUCGUGAGGAGCAGGGGAAAUGCGGGCGGAGGAUACGAGGAAAAGGGAAGGGAAACAAAACAGACCCAUGGGCUUAUGCACUCUGAAAACUCAGCCCUCAGCCUCCUGUUUGUGUUACUCCAGGUCCCCUGGGUCUGAGGUCGCAUGAUCAGUCGCACCUCAUUGUCACCAAGGGGACCAGUUUCUAAACUGCACUUAUGCACCAGCUGGCUAUGGAGAACAGC